CCCGCCGCCCGCCGCCCGGUGCCCGGCGGCCCAGUCUGCUAGGCGGGUGCGGGUGCGGGUGCGAGGGCGGGUGCGGCGGCAUGGCCGGUGCUCUUGGCGCGACCUCUGCUGAUUCUCGGGCGGCGCGGCGGGCGGGCAUGCGGCUGACCCGCCCCGCUGUCAAUGGGCGAAGACGCGGACCCGCGCAACAUUAACCACGGCUUCCUGCGAGACCAUAAUUAUGUGACUGAAGCUGACAUUAUUUCAACUGCUGAGUUCAACCACACAGGGGACUUACUGGCAACAGGGGACAAAGGCGGUCGAGUUGUUAUAUUCCAAAGGGAGCCAGAGAGCAAAAGUGAACCUUACGGCCAAGGCGAGUACAACGUUUACAGCACUUUCCAGAGUCACGAGCCAGAGUUUGACUAUCUGAAGAGUCUGGAAAUCGAGGAAAAAAUCAACAAGAUCAAGUGGCUGCCGAAGCAGAAUGCGGCCCACGCUUUACUCUCCACAAACGAUAAAACUAUUAAAUUGUGGAAAAUUACCGAACGAGAUAAGAGACCAGAGGGAUACAACUUAAAAGAUGAAGAGGGGAAGCUGAAAGACCUUUCUACAGUGACCUCACUUCAGGUGCCCGUCUUGAAGCCCAUGGAUCUGAUGGUCGAAGUCAGCCCCAGGAGGAUUUUUGCAAAUGGGCACACCUAUCAUGUCAACUCGAUUUCUGUCAACAGUGACUGUGAGACGUACAUGUCAGCUGACGAUCUCCGGAUUAACCUCUGGCACUUGGCGAUUACAGACCGGAGCUUCAACAUUGUAGACAUCAAGCCGGCCAACAUGGAAGAUCUGACUGAAGUCAUCACAGCCUCUGAAUUCCAUCCCCUCCACUGCAAUCUCUUUGUCUACAGCAGCAGCAAAGGCUCUCUCAGGCUCUGCGACAUGCGGGCUUCAGCUCUCUGCGACAAACAUUCCAAACUUUAUGAAGAACCAGAAGACCCCUGCAGCCGAUCCUUUUUCUCCGAAAUUAUUUCUUCUGUGUCAGAUGUCAAAUUCAGCCACAGUGGCCGGUAUAUGUUAGCAAGAGAUUACCUCACUGUCAAAGUUUGGGAUCUGAAUAUGGAAACAAGGCCUAUAGAAACAUAUCAGGUCCACGACUACCUUCGAAGCAAGCUGUGUUCCCUUUACGAAAACGACUGCAUCUUUGACAAAUUUGAAUGUGCCUGGAAUGGGUCUGACAGCGUUAUUAUGACAGGGGCCUACAACAACUUCUUUCGAAUGUUUGACCGGAACACCAAGCGUGAUGUUACUUUGGAGGCCUCACGCGAAAGUAGCAAGCCUAGAGCCGUUCUGAAGCCACGCCGGGUAUGCAUGGGAGGCAAACGACGGAAAGACGACAUCAGCGUUGACAGUUUGGACUUUACCAAGAAGAUCCUGCACACGGCAUGGCACCCGACCGAGAAUAUCAUUGCUAUUGCAGCUACAAACAAUCUGUACAUAUUUCAAGAUAAAAUGAACUCUGACAUGCACUAGGAUGCCUCAGCCUUGGAACAGUUGAAGGGCGUGGCCACCCUUGGGACCCUUUCUUUGGAAGUAAAUGCCAUCGAAUUCACUGGGAUUUAUUCUCAAAUAAAUCAAGGGAAUGGACUCCCCCCUUUAAUGGCCGCUCUUGCCUGUAUAAUGAGCGAGCAAAUGUUUUAAUUUACUGCAGUUACGAUUGCAAAGGGCAUCACUGCAAAUAUGUCCAAAUAAAUUCUUUGUUAAGGAGAGGUUGCUUCUGUUUCACUCAUCCUGGGUUAUUUUGAUUUACCUCGUUUCUGAAAAACCAUUUGCACCUGCAGUAGAGAUUGGGGAAAGAGUGUAACCUUAUAUGUCAGAGAGCAAAUCCAAACAAGGGAUCUGGUUUACUCAGGAAGCAUCUGUGGUCAGAAGACUCCAGUUGUAGUUGUGACUACUGUUAGGUGAGGGGUUCGAUUCUAGCGGCUUCUCCCCUGCCACCGUUUGCCCAGUCGUCCGCCUUCCAAUGCUGCAAGAAUUAUUUUGGGGCACCAGAACAGAUGAUGCAGCUGCAGCUUCCCUGUUGGUGCUGCAGGAAGAGUCCCCUUGGGUGGCAAAGCGGCCAGAGGACUGGAGUGGCUGUGGCUGGUACAAGAUGGUGGAGGCUUCUGAACAUAUAGACCUGCCUUCUGCUGACUUAUUGUACUACCUCUGAAUAGUAGCUGUUUUCCAGAGUCGUAGGCAGAGUCUUCUGCAGCAUCUGAGAUCCUUUUGUUUGAAAUGCCAGGGAGUAAACCUUUUGCGUGUGCAGCAGGGGCUCUACCCGACCACAGCCCUGGCCACCUCCUGGAGGCUUCUGGGCCUCAUGUUUGAGUCAGGCCUGAAUUGCGUCUCCAGCCUAAGUGACAGGGAGCCAGAAUGCUGGCCUCAGCAGCCGUCCAGUCAGACUAGAGUGAAAUUUCCCCCUUCUAAUUGGGUGAGGAUCCAGGCCUGCAAAGCCCGGCAAGCUUUUUUUUAACAGGUUGUUUUUAACAUUUCUCCCCCUGCUUCUGCUUGCUACCCUAAUUGGACAAGUUCAUAUUACAAUACUAGGCUAUAGCGAGAGCACAGAACUACCCCUGCCCACCUGGGGCACAAGGAGGAUGCUAUUGCUUCCAACUGCAGUAGCAAACAGCACACCUGCAAGCAGAAACAGGGCUGGGGGGUGGUAAAAAUUUGCUAGGGGUGAAUUUUUCAAUGGUUCUCACCUUUGCCGGGGUGGCCCAAGCUAGCCCAGUCUCGUCAGAUCUUGGCAGUUAACCAGGGUUAACCCUGGUCAGUACGUAGACGGGAGGCCAUCAAAGUCCAGUGUUUUUACAUGGAGACGGGCAAUGGCUUCACACCUCUGAAUAUCUCUUGGCUUUGAAAAUCCAGCGAGGUCAACAUGAACCGGCAGAGUCUUGAUGCCACGCCCUGCCACCUCCGGCCUUUUCUCCCCAGUGGAGACCCAACACAGCUCCUCUCAUCCUCCAGUUUAUCCUCACACCAACCUUGUACAGCGGAUGAGGCUAGAUUUUGUGACAGGUCCAGAUGAAUUCCACCAGCUUCCAUGGCAGAGUGGGGAUUACAAUGUGGGUCUCCUAAAUCUAACUGCUACGCCAUACUGCCCAAACUGUACCCUACAUUGAAGAGAGUCAUGGAGAGGUCCCAACACUUUCCUUAAUAUUAAAAUCCAGCUACAGGUAAGAAAGGGGGAAGAUUUGGUGGCAGGUGUUUAAUCCUGUUCCCCCAACCCUGCCACAAAGAACAGGAAGACCAGACACAAGGCGCAGUAAAGAACUCUGCCUGCUUUGGAACCUCUUGGGGAGGCUGGGGGAGGGAGGGGGAGGGAGGGAGGGAAAACUGGUUUACUUGCAGAUUCCAAGACAUGAUUUAAUAGGCCUUGAAAACUCCUAAAACAAGGGACACCUGACAUUUUUAGGACUAAUACUGUAUAUUGUGUGUGGAAUCACAAUCCAUGUGCAUCAGUUUUCAGUUAUCCAUGUUAAGUUUAUGAAAUGUGUGCAUUAAUUUUAAAUGAGAACAAGGAGUGUUUAUUUGUAAAGUCAUCUUACAUUCUGGGAGACAUGGACAGUAUUUCUGUACAUAGUAGAAUAACUAAACACUUUUUUCUUGUAAAAAGGUUUAAAAAUAUGGUAAAAUUGAAUAGAAAUUGUGUUAAAGCUGAACUAUGUAACAUUUCUUUAAAGCUUUUGGCUUUAUCCAUUAAAACUUAGCAAUUCAAACAAGGCAAACUGCGCACUCAGACUUCAAACACUCAAAGAACCCUUGGAUCAGAUUUUGUUCAGGCAGAACUGUGUCAGUAGCCAACGAAGGAAGGAUUCUUCAGGCUCCCGUCUCAUUCAGUUUCAGUUCCACUAGUUUAUUCCUCAAUUACUAAACACCAAAUAAGUAGAGGUCCUACAUAAAAUUUU